UCAUGUUUUUAUCAGUUCACAAAGUUGCAUCAGAUUAAGAAACAGUAUAAAUUGAGGAUAUAAUUUUCAUCGUUAAAUUAUCAUAUCUCUAUUAUUCGAUACAACCAAUCCAGCCUCACGUUCUCAUUGAUAGCAAAAAGGAAAGUGUGUAUGUGUCAUAAUUUAUCAAGGAUAUCUGAUAUAGAGGGGCGUAUAUAAAAUAAUACGCAGUGUAAGAUGAAGACUGAUACCAACGAUCCUUGGUGUGAAACAGCUGUGCAAACAGCAGUCAACGAUAACGCGCCAAACGAUCGUUUUGAGGACUCUUUUCUGGAUAAUAAUACAUAUCAUCGACGAUUAUCCGAUUCGGAGCAAUAUCUACAGAAACUCUAUUCUAGAUUGAGAGUUCUUCAAGGAGAUACAACAAAGAAGAGUCUUGUAACAUCUCUGUCAAUAGCAAAAGAAGAUUCCAUUGCACGUCUAAUUACUUCUGGAAAUAAUCCCCAAUCUGAGGAAGAAGCUGAAUUAGCAUCAAAUCCUCUGAUACGACAUAUAGCUCCCCAUUUGCAGGCCCUAACAGCCAGCGAAUUAGUUCAUCUAUUGAAGGCAGAUGUACUACAAGUAACCACAGAAACUGAGCAACAACAAAAUAUCACGGAAGAAUUGCAAGCAAAUCAGUUGUCGGCAGAGCAUAUUUAUAAAUCUAAAGAUAAUAAUUAACUUCCGUAAAUUUGUUAUAUAAGACAUCAUGUCGAUUGAAGUAUU